UCGAGACAAAUGGUCCAAGAAAUAGCUGUUCCGAAUCGAACCUAUACACAUGUGGUUAGGUUUACCCAAAUGAGAAAAAUUGCGAACGUGUAGAAUCAUCUCGAGUGAUUUACUUCUAUCACUGUUGUUCUGGCUGUGCUUAUGGCUUGAAUGAUCUUAAAUCUCUUAGUGGUAUAAUCUGUUCCAAGAGCAGGCCUAUUUAUACUCUUACGAACUGGCUUUUCUCACACUAGUUCCUUUGUAGUUCGAGGUGUGACCUUCGAAGUAUCCAUGAAUAUCAACCAGAAUGCUUGUCAGUUGUAGCAUUAUCUCAUAGGACUACUACCAGAGAUGAUUCUGAGUAAAGAACGUCCUCCUGUAUGCUUCUUAAAUUAUUUAUUUUUUCUAAAUUAUUCAUUUAUUCGUUUUCAUCAAUUCCAUGCGACUUCUAAGUUUUCGGUGAGUUAACUGUCUUUUAAGCAUUAUUGGGCAAAGCGGUACGAGAAUUUUAGCAUUGUGCAAGCUGCAUUUGGGGUCACAUGAUGAAAAAACGGCGAAUCCUCGCAAAUGCCGAGCCAAUAUCGUGUUUCAUAUCGAAGAUUCACAAACUUCAACAGUUAAAAAAUGUAAUAUGUUCAACUCAGAUGUUUUAAAUAGUCGAGCUAGAUAGUGAGAUGUGACGCAUUAUCCCACAAAUAGCCGCAGCUAUUAGAGUGUUUUUAAUCUUUCGAGUUUUAUGUCUGCUACCGCGGUUAGCCAUUCUAUCAAACGGAAUAUGAAACGCCACCCGACUUUACGGCAAACAGGGCCUAACUACAUCGGCAGUGAUCGAAGCAUGUUUGUCAUGAGCUGUUUUCCGUCUGUCAACGCAUUGGUGUUGCUUACUCUAGAUUUACAUUGUAGUUACGAUUCAUUGCGGCUGAUUUAACAUGUGACAUCUAAAAGCCUAUAGCAGGAGACAGUUAAUAGUAUGAGGUGAACGUUAGAACUCGGUUUUAUUCUCAGCCAUAACGCGAAAAAAAAUUAAAAUAAAAUUUCAAGAAAAAAAGAGAAAAUUCAACCACAUCUUUUGCUACCUGCGAGUUAAAUCGGAUUUAAUCAUUCUCUUGUAGUCAUUUUCGCUUUGUGAAACGGAAGCAUCAGCAACAACUAUAAAAUUAAAGACAGUGGGAAAAAAACGGACCGUCGGGACUGAGUGCAAGAGUGACUGGUCUGCUGUCAAUUUUUGGUUCCUCUUCCGCGAACAAAAAGGUUUCGCUGCCGUAUCGUUCAGUCACAGUAUCCUUCAACCACCAGAACUGGUUGAGAGAAGGAUUUCGCGGAAAUAGGAAGUUUUUCCGAAUCAGUGAAGCACGAUGGAUACUUGGACGAUUCCACCGGAGAUGCGCGCCAAAUAUGACGCCCGGUUUGAAAUCAUCCAGCAGGGCGGCGCUGUUACUGGAGAUGUGGCUAGGGCGCUUUUUCUUAAAAGCGGACUUCCGCCUCAAGUGCUAGCAAAAAUAUGGGCUCUGGCCGACAUGGAUGCGGAUGGCCGCAUCGAUAAAAAAGAGUUUUCUAUUGCUCUUUGGCUAAUUGCGAUGAAACUCAAGGGUAUCGAGGUACCGGACAGACUUCCUGCAUCUAUGCUGGCUCCGCCACCUCGUCCACCACCUUCUGCGGAUCCAUUUGUAGCGACUGGGGCUACCCCACCAAGGCCAGGGCCACCUCCACCUGUUCCACCCGCCCCCGCGCUCUCCGCCAUGGUGCCGCCCGUUGCCAUUCCAGCAGCUGGCAGAGUUGGCGGGCCGCCGCCAAAACCCCCGCCACCUGUCAACAUGCCUCCACCGAAACCGGCACCACCAGUGAUUCCACCUGCACCGCAGGUGGUACCUUCAAGCGGAAUUGGAUCGGUGCAGCCAGGCGAAUGGGCUGUAGCCCAACAGACAAAACUCAAGUAUACCCAAUUGUUUAAUCAGCACGACAGGCAGAGAACGGGCUUUCUGACAGGAAAUCAGGCCAGAGGAAUCCUUAUGCAGACUGGCCUUCCGAACGCUGUUUUAGCUCAGAUAUGGCAGCUCUCCGAUAUUGAUACCGACGGCCGGCUAACUAGCGAAGAGUUUGUGUUAGCGAUGCACCUUUGUGAACAGUCCCGAUCGGGACAGCAACUGCCUACAACUCUGCCCGUCGAUCUGGUCCCUCCGUCUUACAGACGGAGAAACAGUGGAGCUAGACACGAUUCCGUUGGAUCUGUGGGCUCAGCCGGAUCGCGUGGAAUAAGCGGACAGGAGGCGAUUGUUAGCCCACCGAUGACACAAGAGAGCGCGGAGCUGAUUGGAAGCCUAUCCGUGGGUUAUGCAACGUUUGAGGACAGGCGACGGGAGAACUUUGAGAAAGGUCAGGCAGAGCUCGAAAGACGACGCCAGAUAAUCGUCGAACAGCAAAAACGUGAACAGCAGGAGAGAGAGCGCAAGGAACGCGAUGAAAUGCUACGCAAGCAAAAAAUGCGGCAAGAACAAGAGCGCAAGCGACAGGAGGAACUUGAAGCCGAGCGCGAACGACAGAGGCAACGCACGGAAGAACUUGAAGCGGAGCGAAAAAGGAUGCAGGAGCAGAAGGAGGCUGCUCGUAAGGAAAUGGAAAGACAGCGAGAACUUGAGUUGCAACGGCAACGCAUUACCGAGAUGACAGCCCUCAAACAACGCACCCAGGAGGGGCUCUCCCUGCUCAAGAGGAGAAAGCUCGACCUCUGUUUGCAGGUCGAAAGGCUCUCUAGGGAGGUGGGUGAGGUCAAUGGCAAAAUGGCUGUUCAGAAAGAGGAGGUCGCCACGGCUAAGGCGUUCAUCGAUGGAAUGCGCCCUCAGAGAGACGAGAUCAUGAGCGAGCUGUCAGAAAUCAAAGCUCGUUUGAAGGAGUGUUCGGACGAGGCUUUGCUUCUAAAUCAAGAGAAGUUGAAUAUGCAAAAUCAACUGGCUUCUCUCAAAUCGAAGGCUGGCAACAAAAAGCGCGAGCUAGAAACAAAGAUUGAAAUGGCUCGCAAACAACUACAGCAACUUACCAAUGAGGUUAAAAACAAGACAGCAGAGGUGGAGAAAUCUGAAAAGGAAGUGGAGGACAAAGAAAAUGCCAAGAACGCGGCGAACCACGACGAAUCUGUAUGGGUCAGUGUUGCUCCGGCCAAAGAAGACAAGGCCGAAGAUCUCUCAAAACCCAAAUGGGAUGACCCUACAGAGGUUAACUGGGGAGAUGAGGCAGCAAAGACAGCUCCUGUCGUUCCACCGCCACCUACGCAGGCGACCAUGGAUGCUUGGGGUGAUACUAAACCUUCACCGGACGUUUCUGUUGGUGGUAACUGGGGUACGGAUAAUAUCGCCAAAAGUUGGGCGGAUCCAAACGGCACUACUGUCCAGGCAGGAGCCAUCAGCACAAAAAAAAAAGAAGAAGAAGCUACAAAAUAUCGAGCAGUGUAUAAAUUUGAGGCGCGUAAUGAAGACGAACUGUCAUUCCAACCCGGGGAUAUCAUCAAGGUUACCGUUGGUGAACAAGGAGAACCAGGGUGGCUCGCAGGCGAGCUGCGAGGCAAAAGUGGCUGGUUUCCGAAGUCUUAUGUUGAGCCGGUCGAUGGAGGAGCGUUGACGUGGGACUCAGCCCCGGCCGAGACCGAGGUUAGGUCCACUCCAUUAGACACCGUAGAAGAAGAACCUGGCGCGGGUGAAGGAGAGGCAAUUUACUACGCCCUUUACCAGUACAAUUCGACGGAGGCGGGCGAUUUAUGUUUCCCUGCUGGAGCAGCCAUCAAAGUCACGCAGAAAAAUGGCGACUGGUGGACCGGAACCUACAAUGGUGCCUCGGGUAUGUUCCCUGGUAAUUAUGUUUCAGCAGACGAACUCGUAAACGCCGAACCGGAAGCUGUAACCAACGUGCCAGCAGCACAGGUUGCUACAGAGGAUGAAAGACAGUCCGAAAAAGCUAACGGAAAAAGGUCGAGUACACCAAAUGAUUCAAAGAAGAGCAUGAAGAAAAAACCCGAGAUCGUCGUAGUUGUGGCGAAUUAUGAUGCAAGCGGUGACGGUCAAUUAAAUCUAGUCAAAGGGCAACUUGUGCAGGUGCGCAAAAAAACUGACGGUGGCUGGUGGGAAGGUGAGAUUCAUUAUAAGGGCAAAGGCCGGAAAAGCGGCUGGUUUCCUGCCUCGUAUGUCAAAGUGCUUGCUGGUCCUGGAGUAGGUGAAAAAUCUGCAACAGGUGCAGCGGCAUCCACAUUAGCAUCUGCUUCAUCCCAGGAAACUUCCACAGAAUCAGUUCGAGGAGAAAAAGUAAAAGCUGUCUACGAUUUCCAGGGACAACAAGAGGACGAGUUGAAUUUCGUAUUGGAUGAAAUUAUCGUGGUUACGAACAAGGAUGAUCCUGCCUGGUGGAAGGGCUACAAGGCAAGCGAUGGUCCCACGAUGGAAGGCCUUUUUCCUUCGAAUUACGUUGAACCGAUCUCUGGCGAUGGCGACGCUUUAAUCAAGAACAUGCUCUACCACCCCAUUGACAACUACUUGCCUACCUAUACGAACGAUCCGUCGUUAGCGAAUUUUGAGCUUUGCCGUAGACCCGGAAAUAACUCGUCUGUAAACAGGCGUGAAAAUAACCAGUCGCUAACGAGCACAGUGACGGUCGAAGAAAACACCUACCAGGAAAUUGAGGACUUGACAACUUACGGUAGUCAAGAGGAUAGCAGAAAUGGUGACUUGUAUAUAAACGUUGCAGAUGACAACGCCAUGAAAUCAGCAUCAGGAACGUGGUUCCAUUCAAGCGUGGCAAACCUCUACUGUGAUAUCGACUCACUUGACCAACAAGACGUAGCGAACAACAAUGAGCUUAGCUCAAUAACAAACAAAAUGUCACUACAGCAGCAGUUAUCUGAUUACAACCAGAGGCCACAAAGUCUAAGUCUUAAUAACGGGACGGAAUCUAAAGUAGCAUCGAGCCCUGUUAAAGACCGACCUUCAAGUUUAGAUGUAAAGACAUUUUCAAGGUCACUCUCUUCGCAGCGCUUUUCACCGGCAAAGUUGACCCAUGUCAACUACGAAGACAUCCUCAACAUGAUCCAUCAAAAUCCAGAACUAGAUGCGAAGGAAAAAAAACGCCAAAGCAGUAUCUACGAAUUGAUUUCAACGGAACAAUCUUAUGUAAAGGAUCUGAUGCUGGUAGAAAAGUAUUUUGUGCGACCGAUGAAGAAGAGUGGUCGCGUAAGUGCUGAGGAUGCUUCUAGGAUGAUAGCCAACUGGAGGGAGCUAAUUACGUGUAGCGAUAAAAUUCUCAAAGCCCUCAAAAUACGUCAAACCAUGAGUCCGGAUCACGUCAUUGUCACCAUUGGUGAUAUCAUCGUUGAAAAUACAACAACCCUUCAGCCCUAUAUUCGAUUCUGCUCGCGCCAGUCUCAAGCGAUGCAAUUGAUUCAGCAACGGACAGAACAGGAUCCAUGGUUCGGGGAAAUUUGUAAGCAGUUUUCGCGGAAUCCGCUCGUCAAUGGUUUACCUUUAACGUCUUAUCUAUUAAAACCGAUGCAACGAAUCACCAAAUAUCCGUUACUUGUCGAUAAGAUCUUGAAGAACACGUCGAGUAAUCAUCCUGAUCACUGUCAGCUUAGCGAGGCAUCACGGCGUAUGGCUCAAUUGUGCUCACAAAUUAACGAAGCUGUACAAAUGGUGGAAAACACGGAGCGACUCGAGUGGUGUCAAGGCCAUUUGUUACCACAUUCUAGUAGUUCGUCAUCAUCGGCAUCACUUUCAGGAAGCUCGGCAGCGGUAUUUUCUUCUAACUUGCAGAGUUCAUGUCCUCGGAUCGUGUUUAAUUCGUUCACCAAUACCCUCGGUCCACGUAAACUUCUUUACCAUGGGCCACUCGUUAAAGCCAAAAGUGGAAAGGAGCUUAUUGGUUUUUUAUUUAAUGACUUCCUUCUGCUUACCCAGCCCCAAAACAAGGACGUUGCUAAGGUAAACAACGUCUUUACUGACGAUCGCGCUCUUAAAUCGCAAUACCGCUUCUACAAGGAACCGUUCUUUAUCGAGAAGCUAAAACUUAACGAGCCAAUAGUGGAAGGUCCUGGAACUGAGGGGCUAAUUGUGUUACAUACUGAAAUCAUGGAUCACAUUGGUUUGCUCAAUAAGUAUGAGUUAAGUGUUCGCGCAGGUGGAACCCGCGAGCGAACAGGUUGGCUCACAAAGAUCCGACAAGCCAUUGCCAAUUAUGAGGAAGUCGACAGAAAGAAUCGCCAGUCAUCGUUGAACCAAUUGGAACUUAUGCACAGCGGCUGCGGGCGCCUUUUGGUGGUUGUUCAAUGUGCGAAACAGUUGACACGGGUCAGUUCAGAGUCGCAAGACACAUUUUGCUCUUUAUCGCUAGGGGGCCAAACGCAUGUAACCCCAGUAGUUCCGUCAUCGGUCAAUCCGUCUUGGAACGCUACCAUGCAGUUUAUAGUCAGAGAUCUCCGGCAGGAAGUACUCUGUAUCACUGUUCUUCAGAGGCAGAGGUUUUCUCCAAACGAGUUCUUAGGUCGGACCGAAAUUCGUGUGAGCGAAGUAUACGAGCGCCGUCAGCGUUCCUUAGGGGUGAUAAAUUUCACUGACCUCCGACUGCUUGAGGUUCCAUCAGGAACCGUUAGUCUUCGGGUAGACUUGCAGCUAUUUAGAGAGGCGCCACAGAUUAUAUGAUCGAAAAUUCAAUCCGUAAAAGACAAGAGACUUAAUUAUUGAACCAAAGCAUUCAUUAGUUGAAAUUGAGCAUCUGUAGAACAUCAGCAUUCAUCUACAUUGACGAUAUGUCGUUUAUGACAUCUUUGCUGUGCUCGUGGCUGGUCUCAAUAGGAUUUAUGGUUUGUUCAUUUGCUUAUAGUGCUACACUUGUGGCGUAUAUUCCUUGCGGCAGCGGCAGCUUAUUUUCCGACAGGUUCAUGGAGACAUGAACAUGUGGAAUUUACUAAAAAUUAUUACACAUGUCGUCAAUCUUCGGUCCUCAUAUCGCGCAUUGUUGGAUCAAAUGUCGUGAAUUUUUGUUUUGUGCAGCACUCAUUUCGGUUUAUAAUGAAACCAGUAUUGUUUGACAAUGAAACUGUCAUUAUUUUAGUUACUGUUAAUACGACUAAUAAGUGGCUAUAUCAACGCACAUUCUAGGUGUAGUAUAUAUAUAGUAGUAGUAGUAGGUAUGGUAGUAUAGGUGUAGUAUAGUAUAUAGUAACGUAUUGAUAAAAAAAUCUAUCUUCACUCGUCAUAGUUAUGCAGAAACCAAGCUCUGUUCGUAUAUUAGGCCAACCCAUAUAGAGACAACCCACAUAACCUUUGACUAAUUCUAUUCCAUAUUCUUUGAGUACUUGAAAUUUAUUAGUUUUUUUUUAUCCAUAUGCGGUAAAUCACAGUUAGCUUCGGUCAACAGCAUUUCUAUCAGGAUGAUUUGUACACAGGGAGGAAGAACAAAAGCCAGUUGCGUUUGUGUAUGUACCUGAAAAUUCGAAAACUUGUCUUUAAUUUUUUUCAUGUAAAUAUCAGUUUUUGUUCCAAGUAUUCUGAAUACCUUCCGGCUUACACGGUUGAUACAUGCAUUGGGCUAUCCUUAUGGAAAAAAACACAAUAUAUCCGCGAGCCAAGGGAUUCUGGAGAACCUCUGUUGUAUAUACAUGCUCACAAUGACAAAAUAAACCGUACACAAAUAAAUUGUACACGUCCUGAUGGUCCUGUUUUCGUGUAAAGAUUUAAUGCAUAUGGUUGUAUUAACUUGAAUAUUUUUGUCGACGCUAAUACUCAACUAUUUAUAAAAUAUUUUAUAGUAAUAUGGCAUUGUAUUGUAUGACAGCUGUUAAGCGCAAUGUUGUUCGUAUAUAGCGGAAACAGUUAGUCGACACCCGCCGCAGCGGUAAAGACCUUUACUAAGCUUUUGAAGU